AUGAAUACCCAGAAACUUAAUAUAAAGGACAGCUACACUCGAAUUUAUUAUGUGGUGUUGCGAAGACGAGCAUGUCACUUUUGCGUCAUCACUUUUUUAACGAAUUUAGGAUUGUUAUGGGUAUCAAUGUUAGAUGGGUCGCCUGCUGUUUGGAAUUUCUUACGAGUGCCAUUUUGGAUCAUGGGCGGAGCGGUGUGGGCGAGCGUAACGAUCCCAAUGAUGAUGUUACGAAGGAGUCAACGUCAGAAGCGACCCAGCUCUUGUUUGACACGGUAUCAAUCUAUAGUCGCGGUCCUUGGCUCUGCUCAACAUCUCGCCGCAUGUGUCCUUCUUAGCAUCAGUUCCUUACUACUUUGGACUUGCUAUGUUGCAGCUGCAAAUGCGCUGAAUGAGGAACCUGAUUUGAAGUUAUUCAAAACUAUGCCGGGGCGUGGAGCAAGUCAGAUAAACGAAAGGCCAAUCUACCUUGCGGCCUCAGCUCUCUUCUGCGCAUUUUACUACUCUUUCUUGCUGACGUAUGAACAGAGGUUUCCAUCCAAACGUGCGGAUCAGCCCGAAGGCUUGAUGAUAUCUCAGCGCAUUUUGAGAACUCUUCCAACAGUUUUCACCCGGGCCAAUCGCUUCAGUUUUCUUUGCUCUGCCCCUUUCCUUCCAUUCUAUCUAAUUUGUCGUCGAUACCUCAUUCGAGCAAUCGUAUUCUCGAAAUAUGUUCAAUUAACCAAGUUCAUUAAGCCACAUUUAGUGAUGAUGAUCAAGUUUAAUUCAAUCUUUACUUUUACCUCUAACCUUCGUUUGGUGAUGUUGAACUGGUUGAUGGUCUCAUGUUGGGAAGUUGUUCAAGCUUUUUGGGAAGUUUAUUUAACCCAACCACUUGCGAUCUCUCAUUUUGCCGAAGAGCCUAACCGGUGUUUACUCGAGGGUCUACGUUCUGUUGAUAUGCGCAUUCAGUACCAUGCCAUUGUUGAACUUGCACAAAUCUCCUGGAGUGAUCCUGCUCGACGAGUCACCAUCUUUCAAGAUAUCAGAACCCAGCGCAAGAUUUUCAAUGCGAUUGUUGAAGAAUGUCUUAGUGUGAUCAGCGCUACCCAAAGGAUGGUCAUCAGUCGUGGCGAAAUGCCACCACCUGUCGAGUCCAUUGGUACACAGGCUAUGUCCACACCACUCAAUACCAAAACAAGUGAUCAUGGUCGUCCUGCUUUAGUAAAAGAUUUACCACAACUUUUCAACGCUCAGCCACAAUCGGAUUCACUCAAAAAGACACUACUAUCCAAAUUGCUCACAUCUCCAGCAGAAACUGGAUCAGAGACUACAUCCACUCCCAGUAUUCCGACAGUUCAACCUACCAGUAAUGGAUAUCAAAUGCCUGAAAUCUUUCAAAGCCCUCGGAAACUAGAUCGUUCGAUCGCGGAUACGAAGAGCAAGUCAUCUUCCUUGGCACUUCCUCCAAGCACCCCCAAGAAAGAAAUGAUAAAAGCAGAGAGCUUUUCUCGUACCCAAAAGAUCAUCCCUAAAGGUUGGGAAAUGGUUAGAAAAAUUCGUGGGGUCGGAUCAUCUGAACGAAUUCGAAGUCUUGAGAAUUGGUUAUUCUUACCAUCUGUAAGAAUGGAAUUGAGACGAACUUUGGAUAAUCAUAGAGCAUGCGCUUUAGCUGUUGAAGCUGUGACAAACUUGAUGUGCGCUUCCUUGACGGAAGAUCAGUAUGGAGUUGCUCAAGAUCAGAUACCAAGAGUGAUGGAAUGUUUAAUCGAAUGUUUAGAAACCGUGAAAGCUUUCAGUUUAACUAUUUGUGAUGAAUAUGGGGCUACUUCGAAUCAUCAAGACCAAAAUGAUGAUGAUCAAACUGAUAAUGGCGCGAAGAGGAUAAGAGACGCAGAAUUGAGGGAAAGUAUGGACGAAUUUGUGACUCCAUUGUUAACACGUUUGAAUGAUGGAAGUGUAGGUAUUUUGAAUCAAUUUGGACCUUAUUUAAAAGAAUGGAGUUUCAGUCCUAAGACUGAUAAAUGGAUUCAAGCUCGGUUUAAGAAGAAUUGA